AUGUAUGCUCGUUUGCUAUCAAAUGGAAAAGGAAAACCUAUGGUAUAUGAAUCUGGAUAUUGUCCACAAAGGAAAACCUUAGGUUGUUCAAGUUUCUCAGAGAAACAGCUUAUCAUCUCCACUGUUCUUAUGACUGUGGGAGUUGCAAUUGUUAGUUGGAUUGCCCUUCCAUCAUCCUUCACAAUCUUCAAUUUUGGCUCUCAGAAAGUUGUGAAGAAUUGGCAGCUGUUCUUGUGUGUGGGUGUUGGUCUUUGGGCUGGACUUAUUAUUGGGUUUGUAACUGAGUAUUACACUAGGAAUGCAUACAGCCCUGUGCAAGAUGUGGCUGAUUCCUACAGGACUGGAACUGCCACUAAUGUCAUCUUUGGCCUUGCUUUGGGAUACAAAUCUGUCAUCAUUCCUAUUUUUGCUAUUGCAGUUAGUAUUUUUGUUAGUUUCAGUUUUGCUGCCAUGUAUGGCAUUGCAGUGGCAGCCCUAGGAAUGCUGAGUACCAUUGCUACUGGGCUUGCUAUUGAUGCUUAUGGUCCCAUCAGUGACAAUGCGGGAGGAAUUGCCGAGAUGGCUGGCAUGAGCCACAAUCGAGAGAGAACUGAUGCACUUGAUGCCGCAGGCAACACCACUGCUGCCAUUGGGAAGGGAUUUGCAAUUGGAUCUGCGGCACUCGUGUCUUUGGCACUGUUUGGUGCCUUUGUAAGUCGUGCAUCGAUCUCAACCGUUGAUGUCUUGACUCCAAAGGUCUUCAUUGGUUUGCUUGUUGGUGCAAUGCUUCCUUACUGGUUCUCAGCCAUGACCAUGAAGAGUGUGGGAAGUGCAGCUCUUAAGAUGGUUGAGGAGGUUCGCAGACAGUUCAACACCAUUCCAGGUCUGAUGGAUUGUUGAUGAUGAUCCCAAAAA